AUGGUUUGUUCAACAAAAAAAAAUGAAGAGAAUUUAAAAUUUUCUAAACCCAGUUUAAAAUAUCUUACUCAUUCUUACGGAGUUCCUUUAGACAUUCAAAAUGAGUUUUUACAAACACUUGGAAAGCCUCAUGUGGAUUCAUUUAAUCUUUUGAUUGACAAAGGGUUAAAUUUAAUAUGUAAAAAUUUAAUUCCCAUUCAUUUUUCUGUUGGUUCUGACCGUUACACAGUACAAAUUGAGAAUCUUAGAUUAUUAUAUCCAGUAAUGCCAGAUGGUUCGUUUGCAUUAAAAACUCAGAAAAUUUUUCCUUGCGAGUGUAGGCAAAGAGCCUCUACUUAUAGUGGUAAUUUAUUUGGUAAAAUUACAUGGUCUGUAAAUGGUGUAAAUCAACAUCCGAUAGAAAAGGAUUUUGGAAAAAUUCCAAUAAUGAUUAAGUCCAAUAGGUGUCAUUUGAAAAAUUUAACUCCAAGAGAACUUGUUGAAAAGAAUGAACACGAAGAUGAAUGGGGAGGAUAUUUUAUUUUAAAGGGUCAUGAAAAAUUAAUACGUAUGCUAAUAGCAACACGUAGAAAUUAUCCAAUUGCUCUGUCGCGACGUACCUGGAAACAAAGAGGUGCAUCUUUUUCUGAAAAAGGAAUACUUUUAAGAUGUGUAUCCGAGGACGAAACAUCUACGAAUAAUGUUUUACAUUUUGUGACCGAUGGAACCGUUAAAGUCAUGCUUAGUUACGGAAGAUCAUUGUAUUUUAUACCAUUGUGUUUGAUAUUGAAAAGUCUCAUUAACGUAUCGGAUUUGUACGUUUUUAAACGUCUCACAGAGGGAAGAGAUGAUGAUUUUUAUUUUAAAAGUUGCAUAAAAACGAUGCUUUACGAUGUUCACGUCCAGGGAAUCGACACUCACGAAGAAGCCAAAUGUUUUAUCGGGAAAACAUUCCGUUUAAAAUUUCCCGAUCAAUCCCCCUGGUUUACGGAUGCACAAAUUUGCGAUUUGAUAAUGGAGAAGUGUUUAGCCAUUCAUUUAAAUGACAACAAAGAUAAAUUUAAUUUACUUAUUUUUAUGACCCAAAAACUUUUUGCCUUCGUACAAGGACAGUGUUGCGAAGAAAAUGCAGAUUCUCUUAUGGUGCAGGAAAUUCUCACGGGGGGUUCCAUUUAUCAACAGGUUCUUAAAGAUAGACUUCAAGGAUUUUUAAACAAUUUACGUUUGGUCGCGUCGAAAAAAUUAAGCGAAGGAAAAUUGAAUUCGAUUUCACAAAUUCAAAUGGCUUCAUUUUGCAAACGUGCCGGAGGCAUUGAAAAAGCAAUGAACAAUUUUGUUGCAACUGGAAAUUGUCACAAUUCACUUUCGGGAUUGCCACAGGAUAAAGGUUUAGUUAUAAUGGCAGAAAACAUUAACAGAAUGAGGUACAUGUCACAUUUUAAAGCCAUUCACAGAGGAGCGUAUUUUACAACGAUGAGGACAACAGACGGUCGACAACUUCUUCCUGAAGCGUGGGGGUUCAUUUGUCCGGUUCACACGCCAGACGGUAGUCCUUGCGGUCUAUUAAAUCAUUUAUCAAAGGAUUGCAUCGUUACCAACGUGCCAGAUUAUGAAAUCCUUAAAAACCUUUCGUGCGUUCUUACGGAUUUGGGUGUGAUGCCUUUGGAAAUUGUGGAAAAAAAAAACAAUUAUUAUGAUGUUCUCCUCGAUGGUAAAUUAAUCGGUUAUGUUGCCGACACCAACGCUCAAAAUUUAGUACAAUCUCUGAGAGUUUUGAAAAUUGAAGGGAACGUCGUUCCGAAUACUUUAGAAAUUGUUUUAGUUCCCAAAAAGGACUCCGAAUCUCAAUAUCCGGGAAUUUUUUUGUUUACCGGUCCCAAUCGUCUCAUGCGUCCAGUUUUAAAUCUUGCCUUAAAUAAAACGGAAUUAAUUGGAACAUUCGAACAAGUUUAUUUAGAGAUUUGCCUUAAAUUAAACGAAGCUUACGAAGGUCUUACGACUCACAAAGAAUUAUCUCACACAACAUUUCUAAGUAAUUUAGCUUGCCUUAUACCAAUGCCUGAUUGUAAUCAAAGUCCUAGAAAUAUGUACCAAUGUCAAAUGGGUAAGCAAUCAAUGGGAACUCCAGUCCACACGUGGGAUAUUCAAGCAGAAACGAAACUUUACAGGUUACUCCUUCCUUCCAGUCCUUUAUUUCGACCGGGACAUUACGAUGCCAUCAAAUUAGACGAUUUUCCGAUGGGAGUCAAUGCCGUUGUUGCCGUUAUUUCUUAUACCGGAUACGAUAUGGAAGACGCCAUGAUUAUAAACAAGUCAUCUUUUGAACGUGGAUUCGGUCACGGAACCAUUUUAAAAUCUGAAUUUUUCCACUUAAACCCGGAUUCUUAUUUUGAAAGGGAUCCAUCCAAAGCGGAAUUAAUUUCAAAGCUUGAUGAUGACGGUUUGCCUUUUCCAGGAACUUUAGUGGAAGAAAAUGAUCCCAUUUGUUGUUAUUUCAAUGGAGAAUUAUCAAAAUACGUUGUGGAAAAAUUUCACGGUAAAGAAAUUGCGUAUGUGGACAACGUGAGACUUUGCUGCGGUGAAACUUUAAAUUCCGCUUCCGUUUGCAUAACUUUUCGAGUUCCGCGAAAUCCAGUCGUCGGUGAUAAAUUUGCAAGUAGAGCAGGGCAAAAAGGUAUAUGCAGUCAAAUGUGGCCGUGCGAAGAUUUACCAUUUACGGACAGCGGUUUGGUACCCGACGUCGUAUUUAAUCCUCACGGUUUUCCAUCGAGAAUGACAAUCGCCAUGAUGAUUGAAUUAAUGGCGGGGAAAAGCGCUUCGGUCCAUGGAAAAGUUCACGAUGCCACACCAUUUAUAUUUUCCGAAGACAAUUCUGCCAUUGAUUAUUUUGGUAAAUUGUUAGAAGCCGCCGGAUAUAAUUAUUACGGUACGGAAAAAAUGUAUUCCGGUGUCGACGGAAGAGAAAUGAAUGCAGCCAUUUUUUUCGGCAUCGUUUAUUAUCAAAGGCUGAGACACAUGGUUUUAGACAAGUGGCAGGUUCGAAGCACUGGUCCUGUUGACACGUUAACCCAACAACCGAUAAAAGGAAGAAGAAGAGGUGGAGGAGUAAGAUUUGGCGAAAUGGAAAGAGAUUCGCUUAUCUCUCACGGUGCUUCUGCUUUACUCCACGAUCGAUUGUUUGAAUGUUCUGAUAAAUAUAAGGCACGGAGCGCUCUCUUUCGAUGUCCAAAAACCGGAGUCAAAAAAGAAGUUUGCAGAUUGUGCUCGGAUGGGGGGAAUGUUAAAACAAUUGAAAUUCCUUAUAUUUUUAGAUAUCUACUCAUUCAACUUGCAGCAGUUAAUAUUCAUCUUAAAGUGUACGCAUAA